AUGUUAUUAGAGAGCGAGUGUGCUCAUUAUGAAAGCGAGGCUGUACCGGCCUGCGCUAAUCUGGGCGGCGAGGCGGAGCACGCUCCGACGUGCCAAAUAUAUCGUAUGAGAGAGAAUAGUACGCCAGGAUCCAUGGGGACGUACCGGCGUAUUGUAUGGGGCACGCAUACUAAUUCGUGGUCGGCAGAACAGAGCAGAGAGCGAGGAACGAGGAGUGAGCCCGGCUUACUCGGGUCAUGGGGCAUUGAGACGGUGCGGGACCAAGACUUAGUUUACAGCUUAGAUUACGACGGCCGCCUGUGUGUGGUCAACAAUUAA